GAGCCAGGAUGGGAUGGACAAAGGCCACCGCCACCAAACGCCAUCACUUCUGUCUUCUUUUCAGUGGAAUUCAAGAAAUUUGGUACAGCGUGGCUGCGUCUGGAAAGUGUUGACGGCGCUUCACUUUUAGAAUCUUUUGGCAUUUUUGAGGAAAAUCCUGAAUCCAAUUGGGAAUGAAACUGGAACAGAAUAAUGUCGAAAAGAAUUCUCCCCGUUGCACUGACUGCGUGUGCGCGAAAGACAAGCCCAUUAGCGCUAAUGAUAAGAAAGGAGAGCAAACCUCUGUCAUGGUGUUUAAUGUUUAACUCGGCUGCCUUUGUGGGAGGGCGAAGGACUUUUGUCUAAGCACAGCCCCCCUCCGCCCCCCCACGUUGAAACACUUCUUUUGCACAGCAGUCGACUUUGGCGGCGGAUGUGUUGAAGACUUUCUUGGGGGCUCUCUCUGGAGACGAGACGAAUGAUAGAUAGGAUCUCACCAAGGAAGAACGUUUGGAACCUUCAGGUCCCGCUUGUAAUCACAGCGACUGCGCCCGGGAACUGAUAAGACGCAAUCGAUAUGAGCAAAAUCCAAAUCGGCGCGGAAAAGGAGACAGCCGAUGAAAAAGACCGGAAGCAGCUGGAACUCGACAACGCCGCGGAGAUCUCGCUGAGGUUCUUAUCCGGAUAAUUCCGUCAGCAGCGCGGGUCUCCUGACCGUCCUAAGACCUUUCCGCCGCGCUGCCGUAUAAAACAUCUGCCGCUCCAGGCGACUCGGAUCCCAUCCCUGCGGAUAGGUACCGCUUUGGACCGAUCGCAGGUCAACUGGAGGGCGUCCGUUCGCUUCUCAAAUUCGGAUACAAUUUUGAGGCUUUGCUUUUGGUGAUAAAAGAGGAGAAAAAAAAUCACCGAACAACUUACAGUCUUGAAGGUUACCGAAGUUGACCUUUGGCGGAAGAAGCCGGGCACAUCCUUGGAGAGGUCGCCAGUUAAUUGCAGAGGUCCGGAUACCGUGGACCGACAGCCUUCGUUCGCACCCGCUGACAAGUCUGCAGUCCAUCAAACUUUUGGCGAGAGGAGCGCGGCAUAAUCGGUGGCCGCUCAGGAAGGGGACAUUGGAACGACGUCUUGAGGAUUUCUUUCGCACUCCCUUCGAGCAAGAUUUCGUCUUUGAAGCCAGCGAGAAGCCUCCGGUCCCGGUUUUCCACCCCGAAGCUGAUGAGAGACGACCCGCGGCCACAUGGACGCGGAGAUCCCCGACGAGAAGGAUUGGAGGCAGCUUGAGCCCAACCCCGGCAUCAAAGUCUUCCUGACAAUCUUGUACAGCCUCAUCCUGGUGACGGGCAUCGUGGGCAAUUCCGCCACCAUCCGCGCCACGCGGGUGCUCCGGCGUAACGGCUACCUCCAGCGGAACGUGACGGACCACAUGGUGAGCCUGGCGUGUUCGGACCUUCUGGUUCUGCUGGUGGGGAUGCCCGUGGAGCUCUACAGCACCAUCUGGUUCCCGUUCACCUCGGCGUCCGGGGGCGACGCCGCCUGCAAGGUCUACAACUUUGUCUUUGAGGCGUGCAGCUACGCCACCAUCCUCAACGUGGCCACGCUGAGCUUCGAGCGCUACGUGGCCAUCUGCCACCCGUUCCGAUUCCGAACCCUCGGCGGGCGGCGCACGUCGGCGUUGGUCACCUUGGCCUGGCUGGUGUCUGUUCUGGUGGCGCUGCCGCUGCUGGUGGCCACGGGGACCCAGGGCCACAUCCCGGUCUCGGCGGACGGGCCCGUCCAGAACCUGACCUUCUGCACCAACCUGAGGGAGCGCUGGCUGAUGUAUCGAGUCAGCAUCUUUUUCGCCUUCGCGGUCUACAUGCUGGUUUUGGCCAGCGUGGCCUUCAUGUGUCGAGCCAUGAUCCUGGUCCUGAGGAAAUCCGGGGGAUCUUCGGACCGAGGAAGUGGCCCAGAUCCAAAGACGUCCAAGCAUGAAAGUCCAAAGAUAAAGAUGGCCAGGAAGCAGACCAUCAUUUUCCUGGGCCUGAUCGUGGGCUCCUUGCUGCUGUGCUGGUUCCCCAACCAGGUGCGUCGCCUCAUGAUGGCCGGCACGCCCAAGUCCCGCUGGAGCGCGGCCUACUUGCGCGGCUACGUGGCCCUGCACCCGGUGGCCGACACCUUCUUCUACCUCAGCUCGGCCAUCAACCCUUUCCUGUACAACGUGUCUUCCCGCCACUUCCGCCGGGUUUUCGUCCAAGUGCUGCGCUGCCGCCUGAGCGUCCAGCACAUCAACAAGCGAACCGUGCCGAGCUCCGGCGCCCGAUCCGUCCGGUCGCUGCAGCCCCUGCUGCUCAAAUCGCUGCGGCCGAGCAAGAGGAUCCGACCCGGCGCGGCCAAAGAGGAGACGUCCCGGGAGCAAAGCGACUCGGGGGCGCGCGCGCGGCCCGAAAACAAGGACUCGGAUUCCACAACGCAGACGGGCGUUCUCUCGGCAACGGAAGCGUGACGCGGCGGGAAAUAACCCAGAUUUGCUUCGGCGGUCCAAAGAUGAGCAUUGAUUCACAAUAAAUUGUCUUUGUUCAUGUAACGCUGCCUAUUGUAACAGACGCACCCAUUGGAUGCUCUGCCACUAGAGGGCAGAAGGUCCGAUGAUGCAAAAGCAAAGUACCUGUACAACGAAGCAGGCCCACUUUUCACACUCGGCUUUCCUCCCGCACCAGCAAAAAGUCCGUUAAGGGGCGUCAACUCUUUUUAAUCUUUUGCUGGUCAAAUGGUGUAAAGUCUCAAAAUUGACUUCGCCGGUGUUCAAACGUCCAUUUGUUGCCUAAGGCGAUCGAUCCCCCC